GCUCCUCUUCUUCAUUCCUCCUUCUUCCUCUUCAAACCUCUCUUCUUUUUUCUCUUGAUGUGAUUCUCCACUAUUUAUCUCUCCCCCAAAACCCAUCAACCUUUACAAAAGAGAAAGAUAACCCAGAAAGAAAAAAAACCAUGAAUUUUUCCUCCAUUCCUCCUUAUCUUGAUCCCUCCAACUGGCAACAGCAAGUCACCCAUCAGGUGGGAACUAGUAGUAGCACUGCAGUUAGUUCUCAGCUUCUUCCCCCUCCACCGCCUCCUCCACCACCGCCUCCGCCUCCGCCUCCCCAUGGCAUCGGUGGUGCUGGUUCGAUCCGUCCCGGUUCGAUGGCCGAACGAGCUCGAAUGGCUAAUAUUCCCAUGCCUGAGGCUGCAUUGAAAUGCCCAAGAUGUGAAUCGACCAACACUAAGUUUUGUUACUUUAACAAUUAUAGCCUUACUCAGCCUCGCCACUUUUGCAAGACUUGUAGAAGGUACUGGACCAGAGGCGGGGCCCUACGGAACGUACCGGUCGGGGGUGGGUGCCGGAGGAACAAAAGAACCAAAGGGAGUAGUUCGAAGUCGCCACCGGUCAGCUCGGACCGACAACAAACGAGCGGUUCAGCCAAUUCUUCGUCAAGUGCAAUAGCUUCCAACAACAGUGGAGGUCUUUCCCCACAGAUCCCACCACUCGGCCGGUUCAUGGCUCCUCUCCAUCAACAGCUUAGUGACUUUGACAUCGGCAGUUACAGCUACGGGGUUGGUCUCUCAGCUCCCGCCACCGCUACCGGUGACCUGAAUUUCCAUUUGGGCAACACUAAUUUAGGUGGAGGAACAAGCAUUGGAUCUCUCUUGGGAUUUGACCAACAACAAUGGAGGCUCCAGCAACAACCUCCUCAAUUUCCCUUCUUAUCUAGUUUAGACCCUUUCGAAGGUGGUAAUGGUGGCGGCGGAGAAGCACCCGGAACCGGGUGGCCAAUGAGGCCAAAAGUACCAUCAAGGAAUAAUUUAACCCAAAUGGGGAAUUCGGUGAAAAUGGAAGAAACCCCGGAUCAAGUUAAUAAUAAUGUUGGAAGACAACUUAUUGGGAAUAAUGAACAAUAUUGGAGCAGUGGAUCAAUGGCAUGGUCAGAUCUUUCUGGUUUUAGUUCUUCAUCUUCAACAAGAAACCCAUUAUAGAGAAAUGUUGAUCAAAUUAGUUAUUAACACUUUGGGAUGAACAAUGGGGGUUCCUUCAUCAUACAUCUUCGUUUCUUCAUGUGUGUUAUCAUGAUCAUGUUUAUCUAAAACCCUAGAAACAUAUGGUAGUUUUUUUUCUUUUCAUCUUUUGUUUAAUUUAGUUUUAGUAUUUAGGAUUGGAGUUGGGAAUUAUGAGAAGUGAGAACAUUAUUUUUAUUUACCAUAUAGAUUAAUGGAGAUCACUUUGUGUGUUCCUUCCUUGAUA